GACAGUCACUUCACCCUCUGCAUGUCUCUGCAUGGACCGGACUGACAUGUCUGACCAAGCCAAACCUCUGACUUCGUUCCUCAUAGAAGACAUUCUCUCCAUUAAGGACAGCACAAGAUUUAAUGGCAAAUGGUGUUCGCAGAAGAUGGAAAGAUGUUCGCAGUGGAAAGAAGAGUCUGAGCAGCUGGUGGAGCAACUGUCCCCCCCUGGGACUGCAUUUGAAGUGCAGACAGAGUCUCUGGACACAUCUUGUCCCAGUUCCUCAGAGUCCACCACUUUCACAUCCAGGGGGAAGCAGAAGCGUUCCAGAGCUGCAUUUACACACCUACAAGUGCUUGAACUGGAGAAGAAGUUUAACCAUCAGAAGUACCUGUCGGCUCCAGAGAGGGCUCACCUGGCCAACACUUUAAGACUGACGGAGACCCAGGUGAAGAUCUGGUUUCAGAACCGGAGGUAUAAGACAAAACGAAAACAGCAAACAGAGAUCUGCAAGGACGUGUAUAAAACAGACGGACUGGCCCUGAGAGACGGUUUGGUUCGGUCAUCACUUUUCACAUCCUUUUAUAAAACGUAUCAAUACAGUCCGUACCUGUGGGACUACAGUGGCCCCUGGGGUCAAACGCUAUGGUGACAUGUGGAGCUGUUGUGUUUUAAUGUCCCUAAUACCUUGUCAUUUGAUUAUUUGUGUUUCUUUGUAAUCUGAUGUUGACUUUGAACCCAGUGUAGUAACAAUGUUUUACCAUGACUUGGCUCAUAAUCUGGGAUAAAAAGAGCGAAAAGAUUCUAUCCAACAUGUGUAAAGGAAACCUACAAUGAAUCAUUUGAUCAUUCAGUUGCAGUAUUUUUGUCUGAUUCAUUAUUAAAUUGAUGCUCCAAACACAGAAAAUACCUUCCUUAUAUUUAUCACAUUUUAAGUGGACCUUAAAUUUGACAUGCAGUCAUCGUCAUAAUGUCAAGAAUUACAUUACAAAUUGAUAUUGAAAAGGUCACUGGAUUUUGUAGGCAGCUCUUUUGAUAAGACAAAUGUGGGUGUUUUAAAGACACAUUUGAAGUGUACGUGGAGUCUUAUUGUUCUGUAAAACUGCAUGAGAAGAUAAGAGCAGAGUCAGAUCAGGUUGAUACAUUAAAUGAGGGCUAGAGAAUGAGACUGGAUUCCUUUAAAGAGGCCCGACCUGAUCAGAUAGAUGAACUGCUUUCUUUUGGUAAUAUCCCCCCAAAAAAAAGUUAUUUUCACUUAUUAGGCAUUUCUUACAAGAGACAAUUAGUUUAAAAUGCUGCUAGCAAUACAUGUAGAAAUCUAACAUAAAAGUAUAAAACGCAUGGUUCGUCUUUUUUCAAGCUGAUGUUCAACAAAAGAUGUCACUCUACUCGAGCCACUGUGGCGUGAAACAGCGAGUCUGUCAUGUGCCUCAUCUCAUGUAUAAUCACGGUGAGAAAACCUGUUUGUUGGCAUAAUUACAUACAAUUACGUGCAGGUUCUACAGAAGACUAUAGAGAUAAGAAAUCAGAAUCUACCUCUAAAGCGGUGAAGAUAAUGCAAGUUUGUGAAUAAUAAAAAGCAGGUGAUCUAAAAUAACCCAACAGAGAUGCAGUCUUUGUUAGCAAUGUGUUUUUUUUCCUAAUAUGUGCCUAUUUAAACGUGUCGACCCAUGCAUCUAUAUGUAUAUUUAACUUAAAUCCCAAACCUGUCAUUCUGAUGUAGUCCGUCACUGUUAUUUACCUCAGGUUAAAUGUAAGCAUAUUCAAUAAAUCUAAUAAUAAAUAUCAUCACAUCUGCUGUCAGAAAUCUA